AGUAAUGGCGUCUGCGGCGAGCGCACGAUAUUCUCGCGGUUCGUCUGUUACAUUGCGAGCUGGUUAUUGAGACGACCAGCUCAGUCCCAAUUUUUAUCGCUUUCGUCGAGAGCUCGUUGUGCAAUCGGCAGUAGUUUGAUCGCGUUUGUAAACGAAGCCCGAAGAUCUCGAGACGAUACGACGAUCUGCGAAAGCGUGGCGGUCGAACUGGUGGUUGUGUAUGUUGUACAUCGUCUCGUACAUCGUUAACGGAAAAGUUGAAAAGUAUUCGACUUUGAUAUUUGAAACGCUGAUUCAUUCGAUGCGGUGAUACUGGCUGUCCAUCCGAAUUGACUGAUAAUAAAUUGAAAAAUCUUCGGAAUCGAUCAUCUUAUUACAUUGUACACGGUCUGUGUGUUCCGUGUGUGUUGCAUGGAAUAAUGUAACGUGAUGUAAUGUUCUGCAAGAAUGAAUUCAAUGAUUCAUUAUAGAACUAUUAUUAUCAUGAACUAUGUCUGACCCUUGUUGUUUAUCUAAGCUGGACAACAUUUAAUCAAAAUUAAUUGUCUGCAUUUAUAUCUUCUGAUAAUGUCUGCAAAUACUCAAUUUGCAAAUCCACCACCAGCUGUAAGCUUACCCAACAUGUCCGUGCCACCACCUACGACUCCAAACUUGUCUGCACCACCACCAAAUUUAACCACUAUAAAUACAUCAGGAAGCUAUCAGCAUCGAUAUGCGAACCAUAGAGAGGGCAAUCGCGGGUUUUUCAAACCGUUUAGACCUUAUCAUGCUCCAAAAAUUGUUGCUGGGGGGCAGGAUACUCUCCAAGAUGAAUUUGAUGGGAAGAGGCUCAGGAAAUCCGUUAUGCGAAAAACUGUCGAUUACAAUUCCGCUAUCAUCAAAAGCUUAGAAAAUCGAGUAUGGCAACGGGACUACAGGGAUCGCCGCGCACUUCAGCCAGAUGUAAUAUAUUAUCCCGAUUUACUUCCUCCACCGAGUUACAUAGACAAUCCAAUAAAUGCAGUUACCACAAGGUUUGUAAAAACGGCUACCAAUAAAAUGCGUUGUCCAAUUUUUUGUAUGGCUUGGACACCAGAGGGUAGACGUCUCGUCACUGGCGCUUCGAGUGGAGAAUUUACAUUAUGGAAUGGCCUCACUUUCAAUUUUGAAACUAUUCUGCAGGCGCACGACAGCCCGGUGAGGACAAUGGUAUGGUCGCACAACGAAAGCUGGAUGGUAACAGGGGACCACGCGGGCUACGUGAAAUAUUGGCAGAGCAACAUGAACAAUGUCAAGAUGUUUCAAGCGCACAAAGAAGCGAUUAGAGGACUCAGUUUCAGCCCAACAGAUCACAAAUUGGCGACCUGUAGUGACGAUGGAACUGUCAGAAUUUGGGACUUCCUUCGCUGUCAUGAGGAACGAAUUCUUAGGGGUCACGGCGCGGACGUCAAGUGCGUGCAUUGGCAUCCCCAAAAGAGUCUAGUCAUUUCUGGUAGUAAAGAUAAUCAACAACCAGUGAAAUUGUGGGAUCCGAAGACUGGGCAAUCUUUAGCGACAUUGCACGCACAUAAAUCGACCGUGAUGGAUGUUAAAUGGAACGAAAACGGUAACUGGUUGGUGACCGCAUCAAGAGAUCACUUGUUAAAACUGUUUGAUCUCAGGAAUCUUAGCCAAGAGGUUCAAACUUUCCGUGGCCAUAAAAAAGAGGCAUCUAGCGUUGCAUGGCAUCCGAGUCACGAAGGUCUCUUCUGUAGCGGAGGUAGCGAUGGUGCUAUACUCUUCUGGCACGUAGGAGCGGACAAGGAAGUAGGAGCGAUAGAACAAGCGCAUGAUAGCAUAGUCUGGACAUUGGCUUGGCAUCCAUUGGGUCAUAUCUUAUGUUCUGGUAGCAACGAUCACACAUCCAAAUUUUGGACACGUAACAGACCGGGAGAUCUGAUGAGAGACAAAUAUAAUCUCAAUACAUUACCGGCGGGUGCGGCUGGUGUGGACGAUCACGAAAUCGCCGAUGAAGCAGCAGUGAUCCCUGGCAUGGGACCAGAGGACAGAAUCAACGCCGAUUGUGAAUCCGAGGACAAAAACGGCGGGAUCCCUGGUCUAGAUUUGGAUCACGCGGUGGACGAGGGCAAGAAAUUCGCCAACAAGAAAGUUCCGUAUAGUAAACCAAUACCGCGAAAUUUUCAAGCACAGUGGAACGAAAUGGAAGCCGAGGACAUCGAGCAAGUCGAAGCACUUAAUGCAUUCGUGAAUCAAUUAAUAGAAACAACACCGGGUGCAGUGCCUUUGAACGAAGUCACACCCAAUGCUAUUAUAUUAUACGGAAAAAUGAUUCCCGUAGAAUCUGGCUCUAAAUUGGCAGAAGCGAUCAGUAAAGGGACCGAUGCCAUAAAUAAAUUAGUAUCCUCUGGUGAGAUAGAAGAGUUACGGGAUGUGGUAGGUCCACCGGAUAAUAUAGACGAAGCCGAGGAAUAUUUGCAAGACGAUGGCGAAAUUGAUUAUUCCAAAGUACCCGACGUAGAUUUGCCGCCACCCUUGCCCAGCUCAAAAUUCGCACAGAAUCCGGAAUUGCUGAAAUCGUUGAAUCGCGGUGGCAAGCGCAAGUUUGAUCAGCUGAUCGGUUGGAGCGAUGGUGGAGCUAGCGAUCGUACAUCCAAAAUGCACCAGCCGGUCUUUGGUGGCGUAAUUACGGAGGAUUCGCAGUCCAGCGAUACCGAUUUGAGAUUUGGAAUCGGCAAAUCGAUCCUUCACCUCGCGGAAAGUAGUUCCUUCCAUAGCGGUCAAGACGAAGAUCACAGGAGAAGUGGUGUUCAUGUUGAUCCAACAAGGAGUAGUAAUCGCGGAGAUGAGGAUCUAAGGUUCAACAUGUCUGUCGGUAGACCCGGCUCGCGCAAUGAAUACGAUCCACGUGGCAACAGUUUCGCAGAUAAAGAUUUCCGUAACAUCGGCAGUUUCCUAUCAUCAAAGUCUUUAGAUGACGAUGAUUACGACGAUCUAGAGCAUGAUGAUGCCGGCGGUCGGUGGGACGAUGAGAAAACUGAAAGUUCGCGCGGCAAAUUGGAUGGCACGUUUGCUGGCAAUAACUUUGACAAGCGAGACAAUGGCAUAGCGAUGGGUCUCGGUAAUAGUAUGCAUGGUCAUAUAGUUAACAUGCCCCACCUGUCGAAUCAUCACAACAUGCAAAAUAUCAAUCCUAAUAUGCCGCCACCGAUACCAAGCCUAGUACCGCAUCCCAAUAUGUCACAGCAUCCUGGCAUGCAGGGUAAACCACCGCAUCCCGGUAUGCCCGGUAUAGAUGGCCCGAUGCCACCGCAUAUGAUGCCGCAUCAUCCGAACAUGCAUCCAGGUUUUGGGCCUAAUGGGCCGCCACCCGGUGGCUUCGGACCCAACUUCCGUCCGCCACCGAAUGGCAAUUUCGGCCCGAAUCACUUCAGACCAAAUCCGAUGUUGCCAUUCGGACCGAAUCAGGGUCCGCCGCCGUUCGGCAAUAAUUUCCAGGGACCGCCCAACUUUCGCGGACCCAAUGUCGGCCCAAUGAAUUUCGAUCGCCCGGGCUUUGGAUCCAAUUUCCGCGGUCAAAAUCCACAAGGUCAACUGAACAAUUUCAAUUCCAACUUUGGUAACUUUGGCAAGAACGGUCCCAAUCGUGGCAUGAGUCGUGGCGGUGGCGACAGCAUGGGCAGGAGUGGUUAUAAUAAUCGUGGUAGAGGACGUGACAACGAUCAACCGAGAGGAGGGAGGGGAAGGGACAAUUACUAAUUAGAGGAGAUUUCUCAGAAUAAGCGAUUAUUGAUAAUAUUCUUAUAUUUCGGUAUAAAUAGUUUUGCAAACUUUGUUCAGUGAAACUUUGACUUGAUAUAUAAUGUGCCGUUUCAAGAGCCGUGUCCUCACGUGUACAUAAGCAUACUACAUGCGUACGGUGCAUAUAUUCAUAUACAUGUAUGGUGUGUGUGUGUGUGUGUGUGUGUGUGUGUGUGUGUGUGUG